AAGAACUUCAGUUUCCAUAAUGCUUAAGAAGGCAUGGUGUGGAAGACGUCUUCCUCCCGGCGAUGAUGGCGGCUCCCUUAACUCUCGUUUUGAUUAUAGCUGUGACUAUUAGGGCUAUACUCUUUAGAUCAAGUCUAGCGGAGCUUUUAAUCGAGAGAGUGGAAGUAGUAUCUCCAUUAAAUGCAUGGAAACGAGUUGUGGAAGGCCUGGCUCUGCUCGACCUGGGAGUGUCCCCAUAUUCUGGAGACGUCUUCCAUGAAACUCCUCUUAUUAUAUACCUUUUUCAUUUUGUCAUCGAUUAUGCGGAUAUUGUGUUUAUGAUAGCAGAUGGAAUCACAGCGGUGGCGCUUUACCUGACCGUGCAGGACUAUAACAAAAAUGUGUUCAGGAAGCAGAAAUACGCUCUCGAAGCUGACCGCUAUCCCGCCGACUGCCUGGAGCUUAUUAGGACCCCGAAAGAAAUGUACUACAUCCCUCUGAAGGUGGCGCUGUUCUACCUGCUGAACCCUUUCACAAUAUUCUCAUGUGUGGCCAAGUCGACCUGUGGGCUCAACAACGCCGUCGUUGCACUCUUUAUCCUAAGCACGAUAAAAGGAAGUGCCUUGCUGAGUUCCAUUUUCCUGGCUGUGGCCACAUACCAGUCCAUCUACCCCCUGACUCUGUUUGUCCCGGCACUGCUCUACCAGCUGCAGAGGCUCUACAUCCCCGUAAACCUGUACCGGCCCAGCUUCUGGCUCUUCACCUUGCAGUAUGCUUCCAUGUACCUGGGCAGUCUGUGCGUCAUCCUCUGCCUCUCCUUCUUCCUGCUUAACACCUGGGAUUUCAUCCCCUCUGUUUACGGAUUCAUCCUCUCUGUACCAGACCUCACGCCCAACAUCGGCCUCUUCUGGUACUUCUUCGCCGAGAUGUUCGAGCACUUCCGCCUCUUCUUCAUCUGCGUCUUCCAGAUCAAUGUGUUUUUCUACACCAUACCGCUGUCCGUCAAGCUAAAGGAGCAUCCCGUCUUUCUGAUGUUCAUCCAAAUCGCCAUCAUCUCCAUAUUCAAGUCAUACCCCACCGUAGGGGACAUCAGCCUCUACAUGGCCUUCCUGCCCGUUUGGAGCCACUUGUAUCGAUUCCUAAGGAACAUCUUCCUGGUCGCCUGCGUGAUGCUCGCCUGCUCUGCUCUGUUUCCUGUCCUGUGGCACCUCUGGAUCUAUGCCGGAAGCGCCAACUCAAACUUCUACUACGCCAUCACGCUGCUCUUCAACGUAGGACAGAUCCUGCUGGUGUCGGACUACUUCUACGCCUUUCUCCGGCGGGAGCACCACCUGGCUCGUGGGCUCUACCUGAAGCGGAAGGACGGCAGCGAGGCCACCCUGGUGCUGAAGUAGGCCACAGCAACAUGGACUGUGACUGGAUCUUAGCCGGCUGGGUCCGAGUCCACCUCUGGAUGAUUUGUUUUCCCUCCCCCCCCCCCCCCCCCUCCUCUUUUUAAUUUUGAAUUUCGUGAUGCUUUAAGGACCUGCCCUCACACCAAAACUGUUCCCCCCCCCCCCCCCCAUCCUAGACGGGACUGCAGAUACAGGGAUCCCAACACCUGUAGUGUAGCUUGGUUAACAUGCUGCUAUCUGUCAGGAUGUUUUGUGAGGGCUGGUCCUCCCAGUCUAAGUCUGCAUUUUGUGUGUCGUUUGACUGUGGACUGGUUUUGUCUCCCCACUGCAAAAAAAAAGUAUUCAGUGGAAUGUUGCUGCAGUUCUGGCUUUACCCACUAGAUGGCGGCAGGCUUCUAGGGCUGCCGUUAACUAAUGCUCUGGUCGAAGGAACUAUUAUGCAAUUAUCCGUUUCCCAUCGGUUCAGCGGGACUAGCAAAGACCCGUUUAGCCUGAUUUGUGAACCUCCAUUUCUAACCUACAGGUGGUUCCAGAGAUCUUGAGAAUGAGAUCUUUGCUACCUGUGACAUCUAUCAUUUUUAAAUUUUACUAAAUCAUUGUAAACGGUUAUUAUAUGCCUUCAUAGGUUAUUGUGUGUCUUUGUAUAUAUAUAUAUAUAAAAUCCUAUUACUAAUGUGGCUGUCCCUAAUCUCCUCCAAGAAACUGUGCAUUAAGGUCCCUUUUAUAAACACUUUAAUGUAUGGUAUUAAAAGGAGGUAGUUGCUUAAGCCCUGGUCCAUGUGUAGACUUGGCACCCCUGGUUUGCCCCCCACCCCAUUUGUCCUUCCUCAGGGAUUACAACCCAGGAACUGUCUGUAGUAUUUUAUCAUGUUUAGCUGCCAAGCAAUCCAGCACCGCGAUGCAUGACACUACAGAUGACCGCUGUCUCCCGACACAUGGACGAGUUCUGAGAUUGGCAACGUUCACUUGGGUGCCUCUCAUUCAGUUUGUCUUUUUUUUUUUUGCAAUUGAUUUGUUGGUGGGACUACAUUGACUAAAAUUACUUGACUGCUGCUGAAUGGUCUGGAUUGUUCCCCUGGUCCGUUCCCGAUUACACCCCCCCCACACACACGCUGUGGGGACUGUAUAAAAGAAUGUCACUCGUGAGCCUUUGUUUCGAUGUCCUAUGAUGCAUCGCGGUUUGUCCAGCACCCCUGCCCGUCUGGCAGCCUGCUGAUUGAUCCCCUGCAGAUUUGGUGUCUCGUCCUGCUGCUCUGCACUCCACAGCAGCCCACAGCUACACAGAGAAGGCUCAGGCUGCCUGAAAUUUCAGGUAUCUGAUGUCGACUCGCGCAUAUUCGGAAAAUUUACGGAGAACAACGUAUAAAUAAAUCAUGGUUGGCAGUUUUUUAUUGCUUGCUUCAGAUCACCUACACCCAACAGUUUUUUUUUUUUUUAGAAGGAAACAUUUAUGUACCACAACAUACACUGUUCAAGUAGUAGUAUUUUUUUUUUUUUUUUUUCCAUUUAAUUUUUAAAUGCCUGGAUCAGUGUGAGCAUGUAUACAGGUGUCAUUUUAUCUUUUAAUGAAAAGCAAGUAUUGUGAGCUGCCCUUGUGUAAUAAUAUAUAUCUGACAAGAUGGUCAUAUUCUUUACCUAGUGUUGGCAGCAGUUUCCCUGGAUGUAGUCACAACAGAACAAGUUCAAAGUAUUUACCAGAGACCUCAUUCAUAGCUUUUCUGUUCUUUCUUUCCUCCCCCCAAUUUCCACUCAUUAAUGGUCCAUUGACCAAGUUUUUAUGCUCUUUAUUUUUGCAUACAUACAUACAUACAUAUACACACACACACACACACACAAAGUUUUCAAUUUAUUUUAGCCAGGAAGGCGUGGGCCAGUAAAUGGAGACGGUGGAAAAGUCCAAACACUGGGUUUUAAAGUUAUUUGUUAAUAAAAAGUAAUACAAUG